AUGAUUCCUCAGCACCGUUUGAGUUCUGUGGUGCAUGUAUACAACUGGCAUGUAGAUCUGCACAAUGCCGUGUUUCCUCAGCACUGGUUGAGUUAUGUGGUGUCGCUUACGGGGCCUCCAAUGCUUAUGCGCAAUGAAACAUCGAGCGCCACUAUGGGGACAGUGCGCGACGCUAUGUGGCGGUUUGCGCGUGCUAUACCUAUUGGCAG